AUGGCUCGCUUGCACCAAGUUUCACUAUACUCGUCUAUCCUUAUUUUUGUCUAUCUACUGGUGUUAUUUGAGGUCCUGCCCAUACCACUCAUUGACGCGAGUACAGUACAAGAAAUUCUUCCCGCCUGGUGGCUCUUGGUGUCAUUUGGAUCAUAUUCCCUCUGGAGUCUCGGCUGGGGGGUGUUCACAUUCCGUGACUGUCCCGAAGCCUAUCAUGAGUUGCUACAGGAAAUCAAUGAAGCCAAAAACGAUCUCCGGAGUCGGGCUGUUACCGUCGACUGA